AUAAAAACGCGACUGGUGUGUCUAUCCGGAAGUGCCUUCUAAUCACUUGUUUAGCCUUUAGUGUAGCUAGUGUAAGUUGUUGGUAGUAUCAGCAUCAUAAUGCUUAACGACAGUGAGCUUGCAACGUUGCGAAAUAGGUUUAAGAAAGAUGCAGAGUUUCUUAUGCAAACAACGACAUCGGGUGACGACGAUGAAAAGAGUCAGGAGGAAAAAGAUGCCAAACCUCUUCCUCGCAUAAACAGACACUCCAUUUUCUGGAUCUUGGCAUCUAUAGGUGUGACCUACUAUGUGGAUUUCCUCCGCAACAUCAUGGAGAAUGAUGAUAUCAAAAGUUGGUGGUUCAACGUGGGUCUGAUACUACUCGGAGUCUGCCUGUCUCUGGCCAUGUUUUGCAUCGUGUACCUGGAGUGGUUUAAAGGCAUCCAGCACUAUGACCAAGCGUACCCUGCCAUUCCUCCCAUCACUACUGCAGCUUUUAUUGCAGCAUCAUGCAGCUUUAACAUGGCACUGUGGCCAGUGUGGUCCUUUUUCACUCCACUCAUCCUCUUCACACAGUUCAUGGGUGUGGUCAUGCUCAUCUCUAUGCUUGGAUGAAGUGACAGAGAUAGUGUCACGCAGACCUACACCUGCAGUAGAUUGAUCAGAGCUGUCAGCACCCAACAAACAACACAGCUGUUAUUGAAGCUUUCGUCAGAGGCAGUCAGCAUCACUGGAUCACCUGGGUGCUGGCGUUUUACUACUUUAACCAUCUCAGUUUAAUGACUUAUCAUUAUUGUGUGUGUGUGUGGGGGGGGGGGGGGGGGGGGGGUGGGUGUGUGUGUGUGUGUGUGUGUGUGUGUGUGUGUGUGUGUGUGUGUGUGUGUGUGUGUGUGUGUGUGUGUGUGUGUGUGUGUGUGUGUUUUCAGGAAACAAAGGUGCAUGACACAGGGCUGAGGGUGUGCAAACAGAAUUUGAGAGAUUUUACUGUGAUGUGUGAAUGUUUUGAUAUCAUCCCCUUUUGCAGCUGACACGUUCUAGCGGACACGCGUUACUUUGUAACAGUUGCAGCUUUCCAACAAGUGUUACUAAUACCAUAAACACUGGUUUGUUCUAUUUAAAUGUCCGAAUAAGCUUUGGUAGUUUGACUGAAAGUACACAAAAUACCUGAAACUUGAGUCAAAGCAGUUACUUGUGUUCAACUGUCGUUCAUUUAAGAGAAGGAUUCACAUUUUCCUAAUGUGAAGCAUUAAAAGCACCCUCACAUUAAGAAAAAAAGGCUGUAAGAAAGCUGUUCUGUUUUUUAAAAUCAUGUUAAUAAAACCAACAAAGAUUUUAAAUUA